AUGCAUCACUCGGAUCCUCCUCCACCUCGUCUUUCCAACAUCGUCCAACAAGACGACCUCCUCCAACGCCACAGACGGCGUUGUCUCCGACCGAAGAAAUCGACGCGUCGCAAAGCAUGCGACGCUUGUGUACAAGCAAAAACCAAAUGCAGCUAUGCCCACCCAUGCGCGCGAUGUGUCGACCGGGGACUUUCCUGUGUUUAUGCCUCUGCUUCUGCUUCUGCCGCGCAGCCAGGUCCAAGCAACAACAAAGCUUUUUCGCCGUUAUCAACCCCUAGCUUCACCCCCGUUCAACCUGUCCUGCAGUUCCCCACGCAAGGGGUAACCGAUUUCGUCACGACUGAUGGCCCUGGCCCUGGCCCUGGUCCAGUAGGUGUACUGCCCUUGUUAGAUUUUCCUGAAACAAACCUGUCGGACCUGAAUCUGGAUGUGGAUGUGAAUGCGAAUACCCCCGUUGCACUACCCACAUUGAGAGACCUGAUUCGAAUCGUGGAACAAUAUCCGAAAUAUCUCCUCCAAUAUGACUACAUCUCGCCAUUCCUUCACCGCAGCCUCUACGAACAAGAUACCCCGGACAUGACAACGCUCGCCCGGACAUCAAUGGCGGUCUGCUGCGGUAGUGCGAUGGAGACAGCAGACGGUGCACGCUUUGCCCAGCAAGCCAUGGAAGUCGAGCGCCAAAGACUAAUCCAAAUUUAUCCCACAUACACGUGUAUGCAACAAUGGGAUGCUUUGCAUGCGAUGCUCGUGUACGAGAUUCUCGAGCUGCGGGCGUCAAAUAGUCGCUCGGGAGAAGAGUGGAAGCAAAGGUCAUAUUCCAAGGGCUUAAAGGCGCCAUUCCUGGCCAAGAUGGCUCAAACUUUGAUUCGCUCGCAUAUGCAUGAUCAAAACACCGAUCUCAUGUCGGUCGCGAUGCCCAUGUCGCAGAAAUUAGAGCACUGGGCUGUCGCGGAGACCACGCGACGCACGCUCUUCCUGGCUAAUAUCGUUCAUUUCUUUGGCCAUUGCGAUCCAGAGAGUGGGUCUCCUUCGCUCUACUAUGAGCCAUUGGAUGAUGAACUGAUUUUGAAUAUGCCACUUCCAUCCAGCCAUGUUUUAUGGACGGCGCGCACGGAGAUGGACUGGAAACUGACUAUGGAUUACUGCGAGCAGAACUCCUUGACCAUGGCAGACAUGUCCUUUAAUAAUAUCGGCCCAGGCUGUCUGACUCUUAAGCAGGUCCUUGAAAGCUAUCCACGGGACUAUUUGCAGACACUACUCAUCUCGAAUAUUGGAGUCGGUGGGUCGGACGAACUCCGGAACUUGAUCAUUCUAUGUGCUUUGCAGCAAUUUGCCUGGGGUGGACGUACUGUCUACUCCGGAAAUUCGCCAUCUUGA